AGCUUUCCAACGACGAAGAAUUGAGAAAGUUUGUGGAUAGUCUAUUUCCUGAAAAGGUCAAUAUAAUAACAACUCGUGCAUGAAUAUAUAUUUUAAAUGAACAUGUUUUGACACAGUCUUACGGGUUUUUCUAGGUUGCUCAUUCUUAUGUCAUCCGUGACCUUGAGGAGUAUCGAGAACUUAUCCAAAAACAUGAUCAACUGGUUUUGAAGCUUGAGCAUGCGCAGGUAAAAAGUCACAUUGUCAUCGUAAAGAACAUGUCAUGCAUAUGCUCAUGCAUAUGCUCAUACGCGCAUGCGCAGGGAAUUCUUUUUUGAAAAUUAACACGGUAUUUCAUUAACAAAAUUGGUAACAAAUAAACCGGUGGUUUUUCCAAAUUCCAAAGUGCUGCCUAGAAUUAACAAUGAUGAACAUGCAAAAAAAGCUUAUUGUUAGUUUACAAACUGUGCGUAGUGUCAGAGAUUCAAAAUUUCCUCUUGGGGGCAUUCCCCCGAACCCCUGUAGUAGAUUUAGCCCCACAUCCCGUUGCACUAUUAUAUUCUUUCGAAAGAAACAUGCAACAGCUCCUUGAACGUAUUCACGUUAAUUUUAAACUGAACAUGCGUAGAAAGUACUUGCUGAUGUGUACGCAAUAUUAAUGAGGAAAACUCGUUGAAAUGAAUAUAACCAUCAGAUAAACCGCCUAUUUCUUGAAGCCAAAUCUGACAUGGAGGUCAAGACGCGUGUUCAUGUCAUGAUUCACUGAUUGACCGCUCUUCGCAUGCAUGAAGAGACUGGUACUGCCUUCAAGUUUGGCUUCAAAUUUUCUGUUGGAAGGUAGCGUUCCAAUUAUUUUCUCUUCAAUGGGAAAACUAAUGAAUUAUUUCAAGAUAUAGUCGGCAAAGUUUUGAUUUAUUGGUGGAAUUUAGAGAUAAAUAAAAGGUUAAAGGCCCAAGAAAAACUGUUAGCUGACUCAAGCAUAAUUAAGAACUAUCGAGAUAAAGCAAAACAAAAAGCGCGGGAAAAUCCUUGAGUAAGCCCACAAUGUCGUGCCAUAAACGCUCAGCGACACGACCAUUUUUCUAUGCAAUUUCCGGUCGUGUAACGUAAAACGUAAUUUAAUCCAUUGACAUUCAUAUAAUUGGAACGCUACCUCCAACCAGAAAUUUGAAGCCAAACUUGAAGGCAGUCCCAGUCUUUCAUGCAUGCGAAGAGCUGCCUCCUCCGCAGGCACUCGUUGUGUCAUGGAAAGGUCACGAUUUCGAGAGAGCCUGCGGAAUCUUGUAAAAUGAAUAAAUGUUGUUUUGAACCUGCUUCGUUAAAGAAAGCAGUUUUAUUCGUGCAACGUUUGUGGGGGGCAACAAAUCUUAUCGUUAAAAAAUGCUUCCUUCCAUGUCCUUAGAGUCGCCAUUUUAAUUUACAAGUUUCACGCCGCUUUUUAUAGCCUGUUUAUAUUCAAGAUUGUGUAGAAAUUUAUUUGCUGACGUGACGUCGACGCCAUUUUUUUUUACAAGAUACCGCAGGCCCUUGCCAGAUUGUGUGUGACCUUCCCAUGACGCAACGAGGGCCUGCGGAGGAGGCAUGGCGAAGAGCGCUCAAUCAGUCAAUCAUGAUAUAAACACGCGUGGUCUUACAGGUAGACUUGCACGCGUGCCUGGAGCUAGACACGCGUGUCUGCAGGUACGAUUUGGCUUGAGAAAAAGAUUUUUCUGAAGGUAGCAUUCCAGUUAUAUUCAUUUCAAUGAUUUAACCCUACCCCACGACAACGUCUUCGCUAUGUCCUUGGCUAUAGAAUGUCCAUUUAAACCAUACACUGUGUCGCUAACACAUUGUACAGCAAAUUUGUGAAUGUUACCACUUUUCAGGCGGUAUUUGAAGAGAAAGGGGAACGUCCAGAACAUAAAUUGAAACCAAUCAUUGGCGAGAAAGUGGACUCGAUCAAUCAUUGUGAUGAAGAACUUAGGGUAAGGUAUUAAUUUAUCUUAUAUUAACUUAUAUAUAUAUAUACGAUGAUUGAAGGUACAUUUUUCACUCAAUUAGCUUUUCUACACGCAAUAGUAAAAUUCUUACACACAGUUUGUUUUCCGCUUGUUGCAUACAAUACCUGUUAACUUGUAUGAGAAAAACCUCGUGCAUUGAAAAUUUUGUAUACUGAAUACGUUAAUUGUAGUUUAGUUUUUAUUUGGGAAUUUCACACGCAAAAUUGUUUUUAAUAAGGCGGGCAAAAUACAAAAAAGUCGGGCGAAUUUCUUUGUGCCCCCAAUUUCCGGCUGCAUUUCCAAUUUCUACCCCGUACGCCUAUGCCGAAAACGAUUCAUGAACUAUUAAAAUUUGUAUUUUUGCAUCUCAGCCACACAAUUACAAGUUGAGAGAAUAAAAUAUUUUUUCUGUACUAUGAUGCUUCAAUAAAAUGUACUCAUUGAGAUCCAACUGGGAGGAGUUAAAUUGUAGAGACAUCGUCGAAUUGCCAAAAGGAGAAAUGAUUAGUGAAGUAUACAGCUACAAGUGCAAUUAACUCGUAAAUCUUCAAUUAAUUCAAAUUUAAAAUUCUAUUUCACACUUUUCCUAGUUUAGUGGUUAUAUAUAUAUAUAUAUAUAUAUAUAUAUAUAUAUAUAUAUAUAUAUAUAUAUAUAUAUAUAUAUAUAUAUAAAUAAUUAAUUAAUUACAACAAAGAAAGUAAAUAUAUUUCAGGAAGGUAUAUAUAUAUAGCAUAUACGAUGGACAAGAAUAUAUAUAUAUAUAAUUAAUUAAUUACAACAAAGAAAGUAAAUAUAUUUCAGGAAGGUAUAUAUAUAUAGCAUAUACGAUGGACAAGAAAUAGCAAUACCUUUCGAGUUGACCAUCUUAUGUACCUCUGGAAAAUAUAUCGGCUAUGCAAUUAAAUCUUUUCAAUUACAGGGGACACAAACUGAAUUGGAUACUGCAAAGAAUGCAGAACCGGAGUUGACAAAUGCUGCAAUUGUUACUUUCAAAACUCUUCGCGAUGCAAAAAUUGCAAGUCAAGUAUUGUGGCAAGCUAAACCUUACAACACAUUUGUUGAACCUGCCCCAGAACCGAAGGACAUUAUAUGGGCUAACUUGACUAAUUCAGUGCUUAACAAGUAUGUGAUAGUUUCUCUUAUAUUUCUGAGUAGCAAUGAAUUAUAAAAGUACAAUAUUCUAUAUAUGGGUCUUUGUUAUAGACGAUUAACUAAGUUUAUAAAUGGCAACUAAAAUUAGAAAUUUUUAUGAUCUAAACAGUACAAAAAUUAUAGCCAAUAUUGUUAAUAUGCAUGUUCGUUCAUGCUGGUUUCUGGGUUGCUUGAAGAUUUCACCCUGCAACAUAUCAACUAAUGCUUAAUAGCGCUAUGCAUGUUAAUUAAGUGAAACGCAAAUUAGAACGCGCACAUUUGCAUACUUAUAGACUAUAGUUAUAGUUAUUAGCACUGAUGAAGAUCCGGGCUUACGGAUCGAAAGCUUUGCAGUAAUAAAUUUACGUGGUGUUUCCACAAACAAAACUAUUAUAUGUUUUAUCGCCAUGCAAACAUACAAAGAACUUAUAGUUAUACAGUAUAUAUAUACAGAGAUAGGAAUACUGAUUACUUAUUUUAGCAAGUACGAUAAACUGAUGCUCGAAUGCGACUGAUCUACAGUACAUCUAUAUUAUACGUAUUGUUAUAAGCUGGAUUUCCACUUGCAAGAAAAAUUUCUCUGUUGAAGAAAAAUUUCUCUGUUGAAAUUUUUCGCUCAAUUUCUUUUGAAUUUUGAGCGGUCAAGUAGAACUGAUUUAUUUGGAUGGUCAAAAUUCAAAAGAAAUCAGGCGAAAUAUUUCGACGAUGAAACACUUCAUCGAAAACACAAGUGGAAAUCCACCUAAGUAGGCUAAGUACUUUAUUAAAUACAUUUAUGUUCCAGAUGGAUUCGUUGGACCAUUAUUUCAAUCUUUCUCUUCUUCCUUGUCAUUUUCUGGAUGAUUCCCGUCGGAAUUGUUUCUUCACUGGUUUCUCUCCAGAGUCUUCAAGAAAAGGUCGAAUUUUUGGAAUUUGGUAAGACAAAAAAUAAAAGCCAAUACCAUUCUCCACUACAUAAGGCAUGUAUGGCAUGGGUGACCUCAAAGCCUUACAUGGUGGAUCGUUUAGUACAGUUACAUUAGAUAAUUUAGCAGAGUUUAAAAAGGAGAUAUCGAACCAAGACAAUUUAAAGAAAAAGAAGAAAAACCAUAGAAUAAAUCGGCAUAUUGAAAACAUGCUUUUUAUUGUUUCUUUUCAGUCAAUGAUUUUCCUGAAGCGGUGAAAGGAAUUAUUGAAGGUGUUCUUUCUACCAUUGCCUUGGUCAUCUUCUUUGCAAUUCUUCCAAUGGUAAACAUGGCUGAAGAAUAUAUAUACAUAAAAAAAUAAAAAACAUUUAUUUACAAGGCAUUCAAAUAUUUUUCUUUGUUUCCCUAGUUGCUUGCAUUCAUGUCUAAGAAAGAAGGGGUCAUGACAAAUAGUGGAGUACAGAAAUCUGUGAUUGGAAAGAUGUUUAUCUUUACGGUAUAUAAUAUAAUUUUCUGAUGAAUUUUAAUUGACAGUAAAAGAAUACUUGUAUAUGUAUUUACUUGAAAUGAGCUCUAGCAUUCUCUUGUAUAAAGAUGAGUGGCAUAAAUGUGAUCACGGAUAAUUAAUAUUUUAACUUACGAAUUAUCCAAUGUUCUGUGUUUUAUUAUAAUUGCUAUUAUAAGCCAAAUGCUUUAAUCGUACUUGUAUAGAUUGUCAACAAAUUUCUGAUGUUGGUUUUGGCUGGUGCGUUUUUGAAUCAGAUCACGGAUGUUAUUGAUGAUCCAGGCUCAUUGCCCUCGUUGUUGGCUGAAUCUCUGCCAGCCAUGGCAUUGUUUUUCACUAACUUUGCCAUGUUGCAAUCCUUGAUGGGACACGCUUUACGCUUACUUCGUAUUGGACCUCUGAUUGUCAUUCAUAUCAAGAGAAAAUGGUAAGUGUGUCUCAAUCAACUUUACCAAAAAUUUAAUUGCAUGCCCUUCCGGAAAGUACGCCAUCUUGGCUGUAGAGCCUCGUUUUCGUGUAUGUGAGAUUAGUUAAAGCCUAACGUCUCGAUCACGAAAACGAGGCUCUAUAGCCAAAAUGACGUACUUUCUGGAAGGGUAUAUUCUUACAUUUUUAUUUAUUUAUUUAUUUAUUAAACUUCGCCACUUACAACAAACAAGUGGCAGGGACACUACAACAGUAUACACCAAUUACUGUGGGCCCUUUAAAAAUUGCUAAAUUUUAAGAAUACAACACAAAACAACAUAUCGCAAAACAAAACUACAUCGCACAGAACAAAAUUGAACAUUAUGCAAUGCAAUGCAGUACAAUGCAGUAUAAUGCAGUGCAAUGCAAUGCAAUACAUAGCAAAGACAGGAUUCAACUUCCACCGCCACUAUUGCCACCAACAAUAUUAUUAUAGUUUAUCGAGCUAACCAAUUACAUGCACAUCAGGUCAGCGAGAGGUAGCGGUAGUGGCGGCGAAAGCCAAAUCCCAAACUCGCUAAAAACAAACAUUUAAACUUAUAGUGGUGGUGUACUUGUGGGGUACUUGCUAAUAAUCCUUAAUUGCAACUGGGAGCUAAGAUGAAUCAACUUGAUCGAGUCGAAGGCUUUCUAAGGGCUCCUCUGGCAGCCAUCUUAUGAGUCAGUCUGAUCACAGAGCACAGCUACAAUGGAAGGGUCAUUUAGGGGCUAAUCUAAACCCACCCUGUCAACAUUCUCUGCGGCAGGAAACCGGAGUACCCAGAGAAAGCCCAUGACGUUCGGUUGACCAACUCUUUUCACAUAAGUGUCAUUAGUCCGAUGUGAGGAUCGAAAAAUAGUUUUUGUUAGUAACGUUUGGCCACAUCCAAUAUUGUAAAUAAAUGUUCACUUGUUAUGUUUACAACCCAGGUUAGCCAAGACCGCGAGAGAAUUGAAGAAUGUCUGGGCACCACCUUGUCCUAACUACGGUGUUAUGGUAGGUUCAUUAGCUUUCCAGUUUUUUUUGUUUUCGGAUCUAAAGAAAUUUUGAUUAGUUCGUUACAAUUUGUAUUGUAUGGGCACCGUUUUAAACAAAUUACAUUGUAAGCUGUAAUUGUAGUUUGAGAUUAUUUCUUGUUUUUACUUCGAUUCAAACACCAUAUUACACCGUAUUUCUUUUAAAAGUAAGAAAGUUAAAAUUAUCAGUCAGAUCUCUAUCACGUUAACCUCGUUAGACGUUAAAAAAAUAUAGAUUUUACUAGACAUGCUAACUUUAUUUAUUAGACAUGCUAACUUUAGAACUGUCUAAGUGUACGCCAAUAUAUGCCUACCGCAACUGUUUUCCACGAAGGUCGUGCUUGAAAAGUUAUCGUCACACGCAUAUUACAUCUAAACGUUUAAGAUUAAUGUUAUUUCAGAUAAAUACAUAUUCUGAUAUAUAUCGUAACAAAACAUUCUGUCUACUUUUACCACUUCACACCUUCUAACUGAAAAGUGCAGGCUACAAUGAUGGCAAAAAUUCCAUGGACAUGCACUUAAAUGUAAAUUAAACUAAAGUAUUACUGUACAAAUACACAUGUUGUUCUUCUCUCCCUACAAUGUUGAUUUUGACAUGCAUUUGACCAAUUUAUAAGCUUUCAACAUUGAACGGGGCACGUAUAUAUUGGGCAAGGCAUAUAUUUCUAUAUUUUUUGCCAGAAUUGUAGGUAAAAGAAUGUAACAUCAUCCUUGCUGGUAUAUAGGGAAUCAAUUGUUUUCUUUUUUAAGGUUCCAAAUGAUCUCUACAUAUUCGUUAUUGGUGUCGCUUACUGUAUCCAAGCUCCAUAUGUUAUUCCAUUCAUCAUGUUGUACUUUGGAUUUGGUUAUAUCGUUCAUUUCUACUCUAUGGUGUAUGUCAUGCGACCUCCGUUCCACUCAGGUGGUAGAAUGUGGCCCAAAACAUUUAACAGGUAAGCAUAAAGCCAGUUUUCCACUUCAAUUGUAUCGUACCGAAACGUAGCGUAUUUCUUUGUUUCCUGAGCGGUAGUGUGGAACUAAUGACUUCGACACAAAAGAAAAUGCUACGUUACGAUACGAUUGAAGUGGAAAACAGGCAUAACGCUGCAAUUCAAGAAUGCCAUAAAAUUAUGGGUAUAAGACAUGUAGCUUUACUUGUUACUUUUAUUAACCAAUUUGUUUUCGAAAUCACUCAUUUAAUUGCAUCUGUAACAUGUAAAUGCAUGCAUUUUUCAUGCAUUACUGGGUCUGUAUGUUUUAGACAGAAUUUAAUAAACCUAUCCAGCAUAAAAGUAUGUUUAGUGUUGGUUAGUUUAAUUCUAUUUGUACAAUUUGAAAAUCAAAAAUAGUCGGCGUUCACCAAUGGUCUAAGAUUUAUCAAAUGAGCUUUUAUUUAACAAAUAGAUAAGAUUUUGCCGUUGUCUGUUCAGUUAUAGAUACACAGUAUGACGUCCAAACAUUUGGAAAUUUGAAAAAGUAGAAAUUCUACAUUGUGCAUAAUUAUUGGCUACCUUAAUUGUGACGUUAUUCCGUGCGUCUGUCCUCUAAUAGAUCAUGGCUCUUGACCAAUGAAAGCGCUUGAAUUCUUAACGUUAUUAUAUAAAUAAACUUGUUCUGUUACAUGUGAUUUUCGUUGGACUAAUCAUAGCGUACAAUGCAACGCUAUUACUUGCGCCGCCAGACUGAAAGCGAGCAUUAUACUCUACACACUGAAAGCAGUCUCUUAAAUGAAGAGAGUGUAAAAAUCUAUUGUUAUUUCUUAUUCUCAAGGAUGCUGUUGAUCAUCGUAGUUUUCCAAGUGUUGAUGAUUGGAGUAUUUGGUUUAAAAAAGAACGCUGUAGUCUCAGCUUUAUCCUUACCACCACUUUUCUUCACGAUCAUCUUCAAGAUCGUGAUUAUGCUGUAUUUUGAACGCGUGUCUAAACCUAUGGAACUGGACAAGGAAGAAGAAAAAUCCGAAAAAGCUGAAGAGAAAGUACAGGAGGAAGCUGAUGAAGAAUACUUGCAGGUAAAAAUCCUUGUAUUGUUAAUUUAGCGAGUUUCUCGCUCAUUGGUGAGCAGAUGUCCUACUUAUACAUUCACAUAUGAUUGAAAAUUGAAACAAGCGAGCAAGUUCCUUGGUAAUUCCUAAUAACUAAUAUAUGUUCUGUGGCAGGCUGCUCAUAACUGCUUCGUUGCUACCACUACUGUCCCUGGUCUAUUCCUGUUGAGUACUGAUGAUCCAUCUGAAAGCAAUGGACCAACAAAUGAAGACAAAGCAGACAUCCAAGGAAGUUCUGGUGCCAAAGAUCAGGAAACUACAAAGUUAGUUGAAGCAGAUAGUCCCCAGGAAACUACCCCUAUGUAGGCAUGCAUGUCAUCAGUUCGGUUUUAACUGCUUGUUCUAUUAUAACGAAAGAGUUCUUUAUUAGCUUGUGUAUUAUGGUAGUCAUCUAUAUGAUUCUGUUGUUCUAUAUAGUUCCACGAUUUACGAGGUUAUUUUAAGGGUGGCAUUAGCAUAGAUUCUCUUAAUUACCAAGCAGCUGGAUUUUAGUACCAAAAACGUCUGGAUUAUAAUACUGUUAAAAACUACGUAUUUAUAUAGUUCAUAACCUUAUGAUGUAUAUGAUUAGGGUAUAUCUGUGUGAUGUAAAAAUGGAUGCAUUUUGUUUGAGAUAUGAAUAGUGCUUUUGUUUACUUUGACUGAUUCCUCGUCACACUGUUCAUAUGCAUUCACAUCCCCGAUCUUCUGUCAUCAUUAUAUUUCCAUCAUGUUUAUUUUUAGUGAUCUACAUGCAAAUUCUGUUGAGGAUGCAGAUCUUUAGCGCAGUAUUGCUAUCAAUGUGGAACAUACGUGCAGAAUGAACUUUAUAUUUUUCAAAUAUCCACCAUUUUGCACUGUCCUGCACGGCUGCACGUAUAGCAUGAUUACGUUACCUUUAAGAAGAUUAAGAUGGUGUAUACAAGAGAGAAAGGCUUUGGGGGGAUGGAAAAUUUGUGUUUUAAGAAAAAUAAAUAUCGCAAUGUGCUUUCGAAUUCUUCAAUGCGAAAGGAAGGUGAAAAACACCAUAACAUAUAUGUAUGCUGCAACACGCAAACCAAACUCUAAGUAAACUUGAUGUUUUGCAUGGGAUAAACGUUUUUCUCUUCAUUUAUCUCAUCUUAAUCUUCUGAGGUUAUAUUCGUAUUUAAAUUUCCAAGUUAAAGAAACUUGAUUUCGUUUUAUUUUCUUCAAAAGGUUAACAAUAUAUUCGCAUAUACCCAUUAUAUUUUAGUCAUCAUAUUAUUUGUAUAACUAAUACAUACACUAAUUAUUAAUUAUUAUGUAUAGGAUAAUGCCCAAGCUCGAGGUAUUAUUAAAAAUAAUGACCGAGCGCGUAGCGCGAGGUCAUUAUUUUUAAUAAUACCGAGAGCGAGGGUAUUAUCCGACUUAAUGCACAUUAUGGUGUUUAUGAACAAAGAAAACUAUUAAGAUAGUUACAAGUUCAUUGUUGUGGUACUAUUAUUUUUCACACCAUAUUUGUGUUUUGUAUGCGCAUUCCUGGGCUGUGUUUUUUCAACAGCUACCUUUUUAUUACUUGAUUGAUAUUUGUGGAGUGAGGAUGUCUGGUUCGAGAAAGCGAGAUUUUAGUUUGUUUGGAGAAGGAUAUGACGAUGAAUUUGAAGUUGAAAAGACCAAUGAUUGGGAUUGCGACUGUCUAGAUUUGGAAGACGAUGGGCUGGAUGGAAUACUUUCCCAGUCAUUGGAUUUGUUUGCAGAGCGGAGAAUUUCACUGGAAAGGCCAAAUCAGAUAGACAGUGUCAGUGAGCGGCGAUGUAAUGCACCUGGGAAAAGCACGUUGGAUAGAAAAGGUGAAAAUUGUCUUAGCUAAGUUUUGUUUAAAAGUUAGUAACAAGCAUUAAUCAUAGCGAUUAAUAUUUGAAUUUAUUUAUAUUUUGCAAUAGAGCAACAGAAUACGUCUGACCGGUUUGAGAUUUGCAGCAGUAAAAGUAUGAUAGAGUUGGCUUCGCGAAGCAUCCCAGAAAAUACUAAGAGGAAAGCGAUGUGGGCAUACAGAAUGUUCGACGCUUGGUCACAAUGGCGCCAGGAGAUCUCUCAAGAUGGAAGGGAAAUGCGUUUGGUUGAUAAAAUUCUCUUGGUUUACAAGUCAGAAAUACAUAUGAUGCCAGAAGUUGACCUCAACGAAGUAUUACAUCAGUUCAUCGCAGAAGUAAGAAAAGACGGUGGAGAAAGGUAUCCUGGAAAAACACUGUAUGAAAUAAUCAAUAGUUAAUAAGCCCUAGUUUUUUAAAACUUUAUACGUUGUAGUUAAAUUAAAAUGGAAAUUUUUGUAGUGUAAUUAAAAUUUGCUUUAAAGCAAAGUUGUA